CAUUUCCCGACCACGUCCAUUCAACGCGCCAGAAAUUUCGGCGAUAUUUGAGUGAAACAUUAUACUUCAUUUUCAAUCUAAUAUAAGAACUACAGAUACUGUUUACGAACGACCAAUGGCGAGCGAAACACACGUUCCAGCGUGGAAGAAACUGGGUCUCAAGCUCAAAUAUGCCAAAGAGACUCCGGAGCAACAAAAUGACAAGAAUAUGGAAGUAGCAGAGGAGCCGGUGAAGAAAUCGGAGAAGGAAGACAAAAAGGAGAAGAAAAAGAAGAGGCGAUUGGAAGAGACCGAGGAAAAGGGAGAAUCCGCUGGGGCCGACGAGGAAUCUUCAAAGAAAAAGAAGCAGAAGAAGGAAAAGAAGGUCUCUUUUUCUGCAGAGACCAAGGAUGAGGAUGGUAGUGAUGAUGAGGACAAGAAGGAAAGCGAAGAUGCUGCGUCCAAUGGUGACAAUGAAGAUGCGCAAACGGAGGAAAAGCCCGGCGCGGAAGAAAAGCGAAAGAGAAUGAAGGAAAAGAGGGACAAGAAGAGGCAGCAAGAAGCGCAAGACCAAGCACCCCCGGACCCGUCCAAUAUCUACGAAUCGCCCAUUCUCCAAUACCUGGGCCUCUACCAUCAGAACCGGGCCGCAUGGAAAUUCCAGAAGAACCGCGAAACUCAGUUGUUCAAGCACAUUCUCGAGCCGGAGCGCGUACCUACGGAAUACAAUGCUGCCCUCCUCUCAUAUCUUCAAGGACUGAGGGGAGAGGCUGCCCGGCAACGAUUGAGUCAAUCUGCAGAAGAAAUUAUCAAGACUGAAAUGGAAGAACAGAUUGCGAAGGAGAAUGCAGAGGAAGCACCCAAGGAGGAGAAUCCUAUGGCCGAAUACUACAAAGCUGUCGAAUCAUUCCGGAAAGGGUUAUCGCUGGGCAAUGGCGAUUUGAAUAGCAUCGACGCCUUGGACAAAGCGCAAAACGUGACUGGCGAUAUGCGCAAGAGACUCGAGAAGAGAUUACGAGCGGAAGUGAUAACGUUCACCAUCAACGGCAAACUGGUCUACGUCCAGAAACCGAAGCCUUCGAAGAAAGGAAAGCCUGAGCAACAACAAGCUGAAGCUCCUGCGCAAAAGAAGAAGAAGAACCGUACCGCUGUAAUUGAUAUCUCCAGUAGCAGUGAGAGUGACAGCGACAGUUCGAGUGAUAGCGACAGUGACAGUGACGACGGGAAGCCCCCACAAAAAAGCAAGUCUGCUAAAAAGCAACAAAAUGAAAAGCAGUCAGAGACUCCCACCAAGAAAAAGAAAAGCCGAACUGCGGUUGUGGAUAUCUCGAGCAGCAGCGAAAGUGACAGCGAUAGUUCAAGUGACAGCGAAAGUGAUAGCGAAAGCGGCGGCGGCAAGAAGAAAGCCAAUACAACGAGACGCGACGAAGACUCGUCUUCCAGCAGCGACAAUGAUUCUGAUAGCUCUAGUUCGAGUGAUUCCGCAUACGAUAGACAUAUCACGAUUUUCUCGGACCAGGGUCGUCUGUACCAAGUCGAAUAUGCGUUCAAGGCUAUCACCUCGUCAAAUAUCACCUCCCUUGGAAUCAGAGGAAAAAACUGCGCCGUGGUCAUCUCUCAGAAGAAAGUUCCCGAUAAAUUGAUCGACCCCGAUUCCGUUUCACACGUCUUCAAAAUUUCGCCUUCCGUCGGCUGCGUUAUGACCGGUUCCAUUGCCGAUGCCCGAGCCUCUGUCGACCGUGCCCGUGGAGAGGCUGCUGAGUUCCGAUACAAGUUUGGUUAUGAGAUGCCUUGUGAUGUUCUGGCAAAGCGUUUGGCCAACAUCAACCAGGUCUACACACAGAGGGCGUACAUGCGUCCACUAGGUGUUGCCACGACCCUGAUCUCUUUGGAUGUUGAGAAGGGAUCCCAACUCUACAAGUGCGACCCUGCUGGAUACUAUGUCGGAUACAAAGCGACUGCGUCCGGGCCCAAGCAACAGGAGGCGUUUAACCACCUGGAGAAGAAGCUGAAGAACAAGGACUACGCCGAUGGUAACUGGGAGGAAGUCGUUGAGCUGGCCAUCACAGCCCUCAGCAAUGUGUUGAGCGUGGACUUCAAGAAGCAUGAAUUGGAGCUGGGUAUCGUGGGCGGCCCACGAAAGGACGGCAAGGAAGGGAUAGAUCCUAGUUUCCGGGCUUUGACGGAGGACGAGAUUGACGAGCGGUUGCAGGCCAUCGCCGAAAAGGAUUGAGUAGUUUUAUUUUUCUUUUUAUCAUCCGAUUAUCUUUUAUUCAUGGAUUGUUAAGACCCAAGACGAUGAUAGUAUAUGAAUGUCCAUCUUCUCGCACGAUCUCGGUCCCUUGCAAAUACAUCUCGGACGACAAAUUUUAAAUGGUAUGGAUAUAGAAAAUUAAACAAUUACAUGAGUGGCGACAUGAUAGGUUCAUCACAAGCUGUGCUGAGCUUCCCAACAAAUCCAGAUGCAAUAUCUUUUACAGGGGUACUGCUUGCCGAUUUGGGUCAAGAUGAUGCUGUGAUACCGGGGAACUUCGCCACCGAUAGGGCCAUGACAGCCACCGG